AUGUUUCUCUAUAAUCUUACUCUUCAAAAAGCCACCGGCAUUGUUUGUGCCGUAAACGGCAACUUCUCUGGCGGCAAAGUCCAAGAAAUCGCCGUCGCCCGGGGAAAAAUCCUCGAUCUCCUUCGACCUGACGACAAUGGCAAGCUCCAGACUCUAUUAUCCGCCGAAAUCUUCGGCGCAAUUCGUUCCUUAGCUCAGUUCCGUCUGGCCGGCGGUUCAAAGGAUUACAUUGUUCUCGGAUCGGAUUCCAGCAGGAUUUUGAUUCUAGAAUACAACAAACAGAAGAACUGUUUUGACAAAAUUCACCAGGAGACGUUCGGGAAGUCCGGCUGCGGGAGGAUUGCUCCCGGUCAAUAUGUGGCUGUUGACCCAAAAGGUAGGGCAGUCAUGAUUGCGGCCGUUGAAAAGCAAAAGUUAGUUUAUGUCUUAAGUAGAGAUAAUUCUGCAAGUUAUACAAUUUCAUCACCGUUGGAGGCUCACAAAAAUCAUACCAUUACUUACUCUAUUUGCGGUGUAGAUUGUGGUUUUGAUAACACUAUAUUUGCUGCUCUUGAGAUAGAUUAUUCCUACGCCGACCACGAUCCAUCGGUUAUAGCAGCGAGUGAAGCACAAAAGUGUCUGACAUUUUACGAGCUGGAUUUAGGGCUCAACAACGUUUCGAGAAAGUGGUCGGAUCCGGUUGAUAAAGUUGCAAAUAUGCUUUUGAGUGUACCUGGCGGUGGAGAUGGUCCGAGUGGGGUGCUUGUUUGCGCCAAAAAUUGUGUUAUAUACAAGAAUCAGGACCACCCUGAUGUUCGUUGCAUGAUUCCGAGAAGGGCGGAUUUGCCGGCUGAAUGCGGGGUUUUAAUUGUUUCCGCGGCCAUGCACAAGCAGAAAUCCAUGUUUUUCUUCUUGUUGCAAACUGAGUAUGGUGAUAUCUUGAAAGUUACAUUAGAUCAUGAUCAUGAAAGAGUCAAGGAGCUGAAGAUCAAGUAUUUCGAUACUAUUCCAGUUACGUGUUCAUUGUGUGUUUUGAAGUCAGGAUUUCUUUUCGCGGCUUCUGAGUAUGGCAAUCAUGGAUUGUAUCUGUUUCAAGGAAUUGGAGAGGAUCCGGAAGUGGAAGCCUCAUCAGCUACAUUGAUGGAAACUAAUAAGGGUUCUGAACCUAUAUAUUGUCAACCUAGGAAGCUUAAAAACCUUAUUAGAAUUGAUCAUUUGGAGAGCUUCAUGCCUAUGAUGGACAUGAAGAUAUCAAACCUCUUUGAGGAAGAAGCUCCUCAGAUAGUUGCACUUUGCGCUCGUGGACCGCGCUCGACAUUGCGCAUACUACGACCUGGAUUGGCUGUCAAUGAGAUGACGGUCUCGCAACUUCCUGGCGUUCCGAAUGCUGUGUGGGCGGUGAAGAAGAAUGUCAACAACGAAUUCGAUUCUUACAUUGUUGUCUCGUUUACUAAUGCGACUCUUGUCCUUUCCAUCGGCGUGACAAUUGAAGAAGUUAGCGACAUCGGAUUUCUCGAUACAACGCCGUCUCUGGCGGUUUCCCUGAUCGGAGAUGACUCAUUGAUGCAAGUUCAUCCGAGUGGCAUUAGGCAUAUUAGAGAAGAUGGACGUGUCAACGAAUGGAGAACGCCGGGCAAGCGGACAAUAGUUAAGGUAGGGAGAACAGGGUUCAAGUUGUGGUUGCCCUAA